UUGAGCGCCGUGCACACCGUGUUGGUCCUCGUGCGUCGCUCUCGAGCGCGGCCAGUCGCUUGCGUGGCCCCCUCCCCCCUCCGGUUUCGCAAAUUUCGAUCAGUCGAGGAAUUGGAACGACGCCGUUUAUACGAAAUACGCGAAACGAUGCCGUUGGACUGUGCUCAGUGUCUCGACUCGGUUGUCCGAUAAAACAGGGAGGAGGGAAGUGAAUUUGGGGUGGAGUACAGUGAAUAACUAAGAAAAGACUCUAGUGGACGGCUAUGACAGUGCAGUGACUUGCUGAUUGUUGUUUGUUUCUGUUCGACGCAUCCGGUCUUCUCUUAGGUUCUUCAGAGUUAAUUAUUCUUUGUGGAGGAAGACGAGACGAGAGUCUCAACCACGGCACCAAAAUUGAGCUGGACUUGCACCAACGAGCCGCCGGCCACUUUAUGAGAGCCGGCGGCAACAUGUGCGACGGCUCGUUCACCGAGACCCUGCGCGGUAUGCAGGGUAUGCCGGGUACGUCACCACCCGGUGGCGCGGGGGUCGGCCCCAUGGGGGUUGGCCUCGGCAGCCCUCUUGGCCCGAGCCCGAAGAAGGCGCAGGUGGAGCACAUCAAGAGGCCGAUGAACGCGUUCAUGGUCUGGUCCCGGCUCCAGCGGCGGAAGAUCGCCCAGGAGAAUCCCAAGAUGCAUAAUUCAGAGAUAUCCAAAAGACUCGGUGCCGAGUGGAAACUCUUAACGGAGGAUGAGAAACGACCCUUUAUCGAUCAGGCGAAAAGGUUACGGGCCCAACACAUGAAGGAAUAUCCAGAUUAUAAAUACAGGCCUAGAAGAAAACCGAAAACUUUACGGAAAGAAGGAUAUCCUUACAGUAUUCCAUACCCUAGCGUGCCUAUGGAUGCAUUUCGUACCGGGAUGGCCGGCAGUAUGGGUCAAGCUGGAAUGGGCUCGUACUAUGGGCCUGCAGCGGCUUACGGCUCGUUGUCAGCAGCCAGCAUGGCCGCGGCCGCGGCCGCGGCUGCACAGCAAUCCGCGGCGGCGAUGUCGGCUGGCCUAGCGGCACCUGCUCAGGUGGUGAGCUCGAUGGACGCGAUGAAGUAUUCGAUGGAGGCGGACAAGUAUCGCGCCGCGUAUAUGCCACCUAGCACACUGACGAUGAGCAUGUACUCGGACCCGAAAUACUUGGACUCGAGUCCCAAGUCGUAUCUCGACCGCAGUUACCUCGACUCGGCGACCAAGGCCUACUUCGAGCAAUCCAAGCUCUACAUGGACCAGAAGCCUGCCAUCGCCGAUUACAACAGGCCCACUUACGAGCACAACAAGCUCUACGACGAGUCGAGCCCGGGCAGCGUGGUGGGCGGCGGCGGGCCGACGAGGUCGCCGGCCGCUGAAUCGCCCGACGUGAGCAAACAGCACGAGAGGACCGAGCAGGGCUCGUCGAGCGCGAGCUCCACGUCCACGUCCUCGGCGGCGAGCCCCGGCGCUAGUAGUCUACCGGCCUAUUACCCGGGCCCGGUGCAAACCGGGGGCAUACUGGGCCCCCAGAUGAGCCAGUACAGCGGCUACCAGACGGCGCCCGCGCCUGGAAACGAAUCGUUCAGGCGACCGCUCACUGUCAUCUUCUGACCCGAUAGAACGUAGCUCUGAUCCAUCUUCGAGGAGCAAUUGCCCUGAUUUCGCUCCACUGGUGCUCGCGCGCGAUGUGCUGGUGCUCGUGGUGGUGGUCGUGACGCAACGUUUCGUAGGUAAACGUAUAUAUGUAUAUGUGUGUGUAUAGGGAUGUGUAUCGGAUGCGUGCGGGCUAGGAUGGGGAUUUCUCGUUCUUGGAAAUUUGCUUUUGCAGGGAGAUGAUGCAAUUGAUUCUUUCGAGCUUUGAUCUCUACGAUACGUCUUCUUAUUUUAUAUUAUACAUUGUAAUUGGAUUAGACAUAUUCGCUUCGAUGAUAAAGAUACUCGUUGAGUAUCCGAGAGUUAUUGUAUAUUAUAAUUUAGUAUUCUUAAUUCAGAAUAUAUUUCUUUCUUAAAGAUAAUUUUCCGCGAUCGAAAUCUUGUCAUACGACAUCGAUUCCUGUGGUUGUCACACUUGCAAUUUCGAAUUCUGAUUUCUUUAAUUAAGGAAA